AAACAGGGAUAAACAUCAAUGGGAGAAGGAAACCAAACUUUUGUGCUUGAAUUUACCUUGCUGGGACUUUCACAGGAUCCAAAGAUCCAAAUCUUGCUGUUCUGUGUUUUCCUGGUCAUUUACCUUCUCUCUGUUUUUGGAAACCUGCUCAUAAUUAUCCUUAUCCAAACUGACCCUCGACUUCACACUCCCAUGUACUUCUUCCUCAAAAACUUGUCCUUUGUUGAUCUUUGUUUCUCUACAAGCAUCGUUCCCCAGAUGUUGGUCCACUUCCUUGUAAAAAAGAAAACCAUUUCCUUUGCUGGGUGCUCACUACAGAUAGCUGUCUUCCUCCUAGCAGGGUGUACAGAGUGUGUUCUUCUGGCGAUGAUGUCCUAUGACCGUUACGUGGCAGUCUGCAGGCCCCUACACUAUUCUACUCUCAUGACCCAGAGGGUUUGUAUCCAGUUGGCCACAGUGUCCUGGAUCAGUGGGGCAUUUGUAUGUUCAGUGGACAGUGCAUUUACACUCUGUCUCCCCUACCAGGGGCAGAACAUAAUUAAUCAUUAUUUUUGUGAACCUCCUGCACUCCUGAAGCUGGCUUCUGUAGAUACCUACAAUGCUGAGAUGGCCCUCUUCUCAAUGGGUGUGAUUGUUCUCCUAGCUCCUGUCUCCCUCAUCCUGGUCUCUUACUGGCAUAUUAUCUCCACUGUGAUCCGGAUGCAGUCAGGGGAGGGGAGGCUCAAAGUGUUCUCUACCUGUAGCUCCCAUCUCACUGUUGUGGUUCUCUACUACGGCUCUGGAAUAUUUGCCUACAUGAGACCCAAUUCCAAGACAAUGAAUGAAAGGGAUAAGGUCAUUUCUUUGUUCUAUUCAGUUAUGACUUCAAUGCUGAACCCCAUAAUUUACAGCCUGAGGAACAAGGAUGUGAAGGGAGCUCUGAGCAAACUGGCUGGAAGAUAG